CUCGCGGCAACGGAAUCUAUGGAAGGGGAAGGGUGCAGUGACCUUGCCGUGGAACCAACAUUGCACUAGACCCUGUCGGGACCUACUCGGUGGUCAAAAUCACGGAAAAUCCCAGACUCCUUCAGGUACAAAUUCUCAACUUGCCCUCGGCCGAGUGGGUAGGAGUCUGGGAAAAUCCUAGUCGAGCCUCGUGGAAUAGUUGGGACUCCAACUUGUCCAAGCUCCAAGUUGACAACGGUGACCAAACCAUGACAGUCCAACCAAAGAACGCAUCCACAUAUAGUAAUAGUUCAUCAUAUCUCCAAGAUAACGGUACGACAUGAACACCGCUAUAAUCAGUAGGCCACAGCAGUCACCACUAUUUCUCGACUUAUAAAGUGACCUAGCGAUUAUAUAGCAUGACUCGGAUAUCCACUAAUCUAUCUGUCCUCUUCAAGUUCUCUUUAACGUGGUGCUCAUUAUGGCAUUGCACUAUUUUCCAGAGGCUUUCACGUUCAAUGGGACUCCCGGUGAAAGUUCACUACGUGACAGAGAACAAGCACUCCCAGAAUCCCUUUGUUACACAUCCUCCAUAACGAAAGUACUCUGUUUUGUUGCAAUAGGCUGCUCCGAUCUUGAAGACCAUUGGGAGUCGCUGCAAUCCGAUGAAGCAUUCGAGAAGGUGAGGGGCAGCCAGUGCUCUAUCCUGUCCAGCACUAUCUCCGCAGCGAGCCUGCUUCUCGCGACAAGUGGUAUUUUCGUAACCACUGGCUCUCCCGUGUCAUAUCUUGCAUAUAAUUCACCUGCGACCUAUUUCCUGCUCUUUAUGUCACUCAUGAUGGCAAUGAUUGCGAUGCUCACAUCUGGCUUGAACAUGAUCCGCUGGCUACAAGCCGAUCGGCAGUGGACUCGAGAACAACUCAUGCCAGGCGGUUACUUCCUCCUGUCCUACCUGUUAUCGAUCGUUAUGCCCAUACUAUUUGUUGGCUUGUCCCUGAAUUGCUUCAUAUUUGCGAUGUUGGUAGCAGGCUUCUACUCCCAGAACACGGUCUGCUGCAUCCUCACCGCAGUCUGGCUGGUCAUAUACGUCGUCAGCAUUGGAACAAUAUUGAUGGAGUUUGCGUGGAAGUAUGCGAAAUGCCUCAAAUCUCGAUGAUCCAGAUACCGUCAGGAGUUUCCACUUUGUUUUCAUUUGCUUUGUUACGGCGUUUGACUACGUAUUGUUUUGAAAGUUAGUGUUCUAUGUCGUGAAAUAUGCCAUGUAUCCACUGCUAUAGCUACCAUCUAUAUGUACAUAUGUAUUAGGUUCUGUCGUUUUGCGAAUAUCUACAGGAU